CACUGGGAAAACUUUUUCAUUUAUUACGCGAUGUCACUUUUAUCUUAAAAUUUAUAUAAAAAAUACUCUACAUUAUGUGACGUUUGAAAACUUCCUUAGAUAUUCCAGUAAUCAAAAAUAAAUUAAAAUGUGUUUUUAAGGGUAUAUUUUUGAUCAUAAGCCGGGUGAAAACCUAAAAUUCGAAAAGGGGAUUCCAUAAUCGUGCUUGAGAUUAUCUGUGCAAAAUUUCAUUAAAAUCGGUUGGGAGAUAUCCUGUCCCUUUUUCACUUUUACGAGGUGGGGUAAUCGCAUACUUACUGAAUUUUUUGUUGUCAGGUAUUUGCCUCACUAAAAAACAUUGCCUCUUGGCCGAAUUAUCUGCUAAGGUUGAAAUAUGGGUUCUUCCGAAGACAUGUGCGAGAUAUUAGUGAUUGGUGCUGGAUUCUCUGGCAUCUAUGCUCUACACAAUCUCCGCAAGAGAAAGUUUAACGUGAAAGUUUACGAAGCAGGGACAAACAUGGGUGGGACGUGGUACUGGAACCGAUAUCCAGGCGCACGGGUCGACACGGACAACCCCAUCUACCAAUUCAACGAGGAAGGACUUUGGGAUUUUGCGUGGACAGAGCGAUUCCCAGCCCACCCGGAACUUCAAGAGUACUUCCGCUAUUUGGACGACAAGCUCCAGCUGAGCAGGGACAUUGAGUACAACACCAAUGUGAGCGCGGCCCAGUUCGAUAAUGCUCGGAAUCAGUGGCAAGUCAAAACGGAUGAUGGCAGAGUUACUUGGGCAAACCAUCUCUUCCUCUGUACUGGCUCCACAACAACUAGGUACACACCUCCCUUCAAAGGUUUGGAUCGAUUCAAAGGAAUCUGCCACCAUUCCUACGUGUGGCCCAAGGCUGGAGUCAACUUUGACGGGAAACGCGUCGCUGUUAUCGGUACGGGGGCAAGUGCGGUUCAAAUCAUUCAAGAAAUUGGGUCCAAAGUUGGCCAUCUAACGGUUUACCAGCGCACACCAAAUCUCUGCCUCCCCAUGCAACAAGCCAAGGCUGCCGAUCCUAGCAAAGGUGCCUGGUUCCCGCCAAAGUCAAAGUUUCCCGAAAUAUUCGGUGCAGCUCGGAAAUCAUUCUCUGGCCUCAAUUUUGAUUGGGAACGGAAAAAUGCGGCUGACGUUACUCCAGAGGAACGACGCGCCUUGUACGAAUCACUUUAUGCGCAUGGCGGGUUUGCCUUUUGGCUGGCCAAUUUCCGAGAUAUGCUAUUCGAUAAGGAGUCCAACGCCUACGCUUACACCUUCUGGGCGGAGAAGGCCCGAGCGAGGAUACAUGACGUGGUGAAACGGGACAUAUUAGCCCCGCUGGUGGCGCCCCACGCCUUUGGUAUCAAACGCCCAUGCCUUGAGCAAAGUUAUUAUGAAGUCUUCAACCAGUCUAACGUGGACCUGGUUAACGUGCGGGAAUCUCCAAUUUUGGAAAUUACAGAGAACGGGGUUCGAACAGAAAAAGGUGUGGUUGAGGUGGACAUCAUCGUGCUGGCUACGGGAUUUGACUCUUUGACAGGGAGUAUCAAAAGUAUCGAUAUCCGUAACGGGAAAGGAGAGAGUUUGAGAGAUAUGUGGAAGAGGAAUGGGACCUCCACUUAUUUGGGCCUCACGACAGCUGGAUUCCCAAACUUGUGGUACAUGUACGGCCCGCAGGCCCCCACUCCCCUGGGAAAUGGCCCCACAAUUAUAGAGAUUCAAGGGGAAUGGUUAGUGGAAUUGAUGGUGAGGAUGAGGGAUGAGAAACGCAAAGUUGUGGAUGCUAAGAAAGAAUCAGAAGAGAGUUGGACAAAGGAGGUAUGGGAUGUUUGGGAAGCGAGUUUGUUCCCGGGAGCGGAUUCUUGGUAUCAAGGGGCCAAUAUUCCUGGAAAAACUAGGGAGCCCCUCUGUUACGCGGGAGGAUAUCCAAGAUACGAGGACCUGCUCAACAAAAUUGCUGCCGAUGGUUAUAAAACCUUCAAUUUGGCAUGAUUUUCGUCUGACCGAAUGUGCAUAAAUACGUUGGCGAAUAGAAAAUUUAUUUUAUCAAGCCCAAUUUUAUUCUUGAAAUUAUGGAAAUAAAUUUUAAAUAAGUAAUUUUCCUCGUUUUAUACGAUAUGAAAGUCAUGAUUAAAUAAUGUCGUCAUA